AUGCGGCUAUUGCGAUCCUGCGUCGUUGCUGUAGCAAUCCUCCUCUCCGAUGCUGGCAGGACGUACGCACUCACUGCAAGCACCAGGAACAUACUUCACGCAGCCCAGAGCAGGAUCCGGCCCCCGUCCGCAAGCACCGGGCUCAGUGUGACCGCAGGGGAGGAGAAGCAAGAGCAGUUGCGUCAAAGGCUGCCCGCAUUUGUCGAAGAUGACAUGCUUCGAGAAGUCCUAGCGCUAUGUGAGGCCGCCUUCCUUGCCGGGACCGAAGAUGCAACAUCACAUGGGUGA